GCCCCUGGGCGGGUGAUGGGCGGAGCUUGUGCCUGGUUCCCCUCGCAGCUAGCGCAACAGCACUAGAAUAUAGAUUCGCAGCAGGGUCCGGAGCCUGCUCUGGGGAUCGGUUCUCCCACACUGGCCUGGACGCUCGCACCCCGCUCCGGCCAUGGCUUUCGCCAACUUCCGCCGCAUUUUGCGCUUCACGACUGACAAGAGGCGGCUGCGGGAGUAUGAGCACGUCCGCAGGGACCUGGACCCCAACCUGGUGUGGGAUAUAGUCGGGGAGCUGGGGGACGGAGCCUUCGGCAAGGUGUACAAGGCCAAGAACAGGGAAACUGGCAUCUUGGCAGCUGCCAAAGUCAUAGAGACCAAGAAUGAGGAGGAGUUAGAGGACUACAUGGUUGAAAUAGAAAUAUUGGCCACUUGCAAUAACCCUAACAUUGUGAAGCUGCUAGGUGCAUUUUAUUUUGAGAACAAGCUUUGGAUCAUGAUUGAGUUUUGCCAAGGAGGAGCAGUGGAUGCAGUAAUGCUUGAAUUGGACCGUGGACUGACAGAACCUCAAAUCCAGGCCAUCUGCAAACAGAUGUUGGAAGCGCUGGCGUACCUCCACAGCAUGAAGAUCAUCCAUCGGGACUUGAAGGCAGGGAAUGUGCUGCUAACACAGGAUGGAGCCAUCAAACUGGCGGACUUUGGAGUGUCUGCAAGAAACGUGAAGACUCUGCAAAGGAGAGACUCCUUCAUUGGCACCCCAUACUGGAUGGCCCCGGAGGUAGUGAUGUGUGAGACUAUGAAGGAUGCUCCAUAUGACUACAAAGCGGAUAUCUGGUCAUUGGGUAUAACACUUAUUGAAAUGGCUCAGAUUGAACCACCACACCAUGAACUUAAUCCCAUGCGGGUUUUGUUGAAAAUUGCCAAAUCAGAGCCACCCACCCUCUCUGCCCCUUCAAAGUGGUCUCAGGAGUUCCGGGACUUCCUGAAAAAAGCUCUCGAUAAGAAUCCGGAGAACAGGCCAAGUGCGGUACAGCUUUUGGAGCACCCCUUUGUGAGCAAAGUAGUUAGUAACCGAGUUCUGCGGGAUCUCGUGGCCGAAGCAAAAGCUGAAGUAUUGGAUGAAAUAGAAGAAAAUGGAGACGUAGAAGAGGAGGAGUCACCAGACCCAGUCUCUCCUCCUGCAAAGAAUAAUGGCAAAUACGCUUUUGAUGUGGAGAAGGAUAAAGUGGGAAACAAGCAGCCCAUAAGUAAUGGAAUACAGCUUCACACAGAACAGUCAAGCAUACACAGUCCAGAUAAUACUAUAAGUAGCAAAGGAGAAAGUAAAAGCUCUUCUGAGGACAUUGGACACAACCUCAAUGGUGCAGAAGAUAUGAAACCUGAUAUAAUUUUUAUCAACCCAUUAAUUGGUCCUCACAUAGGUAACAACUGGGCACCUGAAAAGCACAUUCAGGGCAGGGAAAGAGACCACGGACUGCCUACAAGUAACAGCCACAGACCAAAGAGCAGCCAGCAUGACCGUCUGUCUGCAGAGCUUGUUUCCAAUGGAAGCGUUGACUCUUCCUCCCGUUUCUUCGGCAGUAGAACCAAAAGGGAUUCUGAUUCAGGAAGUACUUCUGCCUCAGACAGUAUGGACCUCAGCUUGAACCUGUCUGCCGAUCUAUCCAUUAAUAAAGAGACUGGUUCGUUGUCAGUCCGGGAUACCCGCCUUCACAACAAGACUCUGAAGCGUACAAGAAGAUACGUAGUAGAUGGUGUGGAGGUGAGCAUCACGACCUCCAAGAUUAUUGGCGACGAUGAUAAAAAAGAUGAGGAGAUGCGCUUUCUCAGGCGCCAGGAGCUGCGUGAGUUGCGAUUAUUACAGAAAGAGGAGCACAGGAACCAGACCCAACUGAGUACAAAGCAUUUGCUGCAGCAAGAGCAGAUGAUACGGCGCUUUGAUCAGGAAAUGAAUGCAAAGAAAAAGUUCUACGACACUGAGCUGGAAAUGCUGGAGCGCCAGCAAAAACAGCAGAUUGAGCGCAUGGAGCAAGAGCAUGCGGUGCGCAGGAGGGACGAGGCCAAGCGGAUUCGCACGGAGCAAGAGCGGGAACAUACAAGGUUCCUUGAGCAACUUAAGAUACAGAAAAAAGAGGUGAAAGCUGCAGUGGAGAAACUGCCACGAAACCAACGUAGAGAAAGUAUGAAACUGAAAAUGGAGGAAUAUGCGCAGAGAAAGCAAACAACGGAGCAGCAGUUCUUAAACAAGCAAAAGGAGGAUAUGUCACUGGCUAUGAGCGUCAUCACCCUGGAGAACAAGAAGGAGAUCUAUAACAAGGAGAAGGAGUUUCUGAACAAGAAGCAGCAGCUUCUCAGAGACAGAGAAGCCUGCGUUUGGGAACUGGAAGAGCGCCACCUGCAGGAAAGACACCAACUGAUGAAGCAACAACUGAAGGACCAAUAUUUCUUACAGCGUCAUGAGCUGCUAAGGAAGCAUGACAAGGAAAAAGAACAGAUGCAGCGGUACAACCUGCGCAUGAUGGAACAGCUCCGGUUACGGCAGCAGCAGGAAAGGACCCGCUUGCCAAAAGUCCAGAGAAGUGAAGGAAAGACUCGUAUGGCCAUGUACAAGAAGAGUCUUCAUAUCAGCACUUCCAGUGCCGCUGAGCAGAGAGAGAGGAUUAAACAGUUCUCUCAGCAGGAGGAGAAGAGGCAGAAAGCAGAGAGAUCACAGCAGCAGCUGAAACAUGAAUGCCAGCAACAGGAGAUGCAGGCUCAGUGCGACAGCAAUGCAAGAGAGCUGCAGCAGCUUCAGAAUGAGAAGUGUCACCUUCUCGUGGAACACGAGACCCAGAAGCUGAAGGUGUUGGAUGACGCCCACAUACACAUGCUGAGAGACUGGAGGGAGAAGCUGAGGCCGCGCAAGAAGGCUCUGGAGGAUGACCUAGAACAGAAGAAGCAGGAGCAGGAAAUGUUCUUCCGGAUGAGUGAGGAAGUUGGAGGAUAUAUUGGAUCAGCCCAGAAACCUGCCAAGUUCUAUACGUACAGUUCAGCUGAAGCUUCGUAAAAUUCUUGUAGGCUGAAGAGAAACAGACAGACUUUGAUACUGAUCUCCAGAAGGAUCUGACCAUUUUCUUGAACUUUACCAAUGGACUCUAUUUGCACAUCAAGUAUAUCUGAAAAGGAUAUAUAGGAAUAAGUGGGCUCCAGAAAGUGUGGAACAAGUGAAAAGUUGCAUUGUCAGCUGGAAAUCAGAGAUUGGGAAAAACAUAGAGCCCAAUAUAUUAAGAAAAUACUGACCUGGAGAAAGCUGGGUUCUUUAUUUUGUGCCUUAGGGGUGAACCUGUACACAAAUGAGGAGUAUCAGUCAUAUAACAAUUUGGGGUACAGUAUGUUCAAUUAACUUAUAGGCCGCAUGCAGGGGGGGACUAGUUGUUGUUUUAGCGGUUUAGAAGCAACGGCAGCCAAACUCGCCCCCCCUGCGACUGACUUCGCCCGGACUUGCUGAUUUUUGUAUGCAGCCCUAUAGGGCUGUGAACAAAUAUCCAUGAGUGUGGAGCUACUGUAAGUGCAUUUUAUAGCCGCACUUACCACAUCUGCGAGUAACAACAGCUGCUGAACGCUAUUAGAACACUUUCAAUUGAAUUUUGAAUAACUCCUAUAGACCAGAACUCUACUCUUGUACAGUACUUCAUAAUGUACUUGUACUGUAUGCCCAUACCAAUGCUUGACAGAAUUUAGGAUACAUUUUUGCAGGUAUAAAAUGAUCCCAUUAUUGCCCUCCAACGUGUGUGCCAUCAGAUUUUGCUCCUCUUAUUAGUAUAAUUGUGCUGUGUGCCACAGUCUUGUCAUCCUUUGGGUGUAUAACACUUUCCUUUUCUAAAGGUUCCCCUUAUCUAUCUGGCCACAUUACUUGGCAUAAGUGAGCACAUUGUCAUUUUACCACCCUCUCUUGCUCCAUCCAUUGCUUGGGCACAUACUGUUGAUCUAUGGGGGAUAUCAUUUAGCCCUGCAGCUAAUUGCUGGCUAAAAUCCCUGCUGCACUGGGAAAGGCUAUUAAAUAGCUUUUGUCCCUCACCUAAAAUCAGUGGAAACCCACUGAUGAAGCUGCAAGGUUCAGUCCUACAUCGGGCAUUCACGCACAGGGAAAUCCCCACUAAUUGAAUUGCUCCUGCGUGGCAAUAUUCCCCUAUAAGUGCAUAUGUAUAGCUUGAAAUAUAGUCAGACUUUCUUAUUUCUACAGGUCUUUUUGAUUAACUUCUAUUUCUUACCAUAAUAUGUGAAUACAAGAUAACACCUUCUACAGGAGUGUUUCAGGUAAUCGCCAGGAUCUGUAGUAGCCUUGCAGGUUAUGUUUCCAUGUGAUAUGUACAGUAGGUAAUGCGUCUCGUUCAUUUUUGCUCCCACCUUAUAAGGGUUCCUGAAACAAAUGAGCGAUAUUAUCAUUGCUAGAAUUGUCAUUUUGUGUGCGGAAACAUAACGUACAAAACUACCAUAGAACCACCUGGUGUUUGAAUGCCUCCUGUUAGCCCAGACAUGUAUACCAUAGUUUAGAUAUGGUCUGUCAGGCCAAAACCCAGACUAUUAAAAAUGUACCUAUAAUAAAAUUAAAAUGUAAGUUAUAGUUUGAGAAGGGAAGAUAAUAUUUUGCUUUUGGUGUCUACUAAAUUAAUAUAUAUAUAUAUAUAUAUAUAUAUAUAUAUAUAUUUGCUUUUUGACUUGGAGUUAUUUGUUUAGCACACUUACAGUGUUACAAACGAAAAGUAGUGGACUGCUGGCCAGUCUUAGUGCGGGGGGCCAAGUGUAAUGACUGAGCAGGCACCUUGGCUGCACAGGAGACCAGAUCAUCAGUCUAUAGCUCUCGGCUUAUUCGCGUUAUUUUGCUUUCUGUCCAUUUUUCCAUAUUUGUUGUUUUGCAAUGGGGGCGGGGGGAGGGGCAUUCAUUUGUUAAGUAUCCGUAUAUUUCAUUUGUACAAGUGUUGCUCGGUUUCCUCACAUGGUGCCCAGGUAUUUGUAACUGGAGACAGGUUAAAGCAGCAUCUCCAGUACAUUACUAACAGUAUCACUUUAGCCUCCUAAUUGCUGAUGACUUCUGGAAUCCAGCUAUGCUGCAAAAUAUGUUUAUAUAGUACGAUGUGUAAGAUAGUACAAUCUGUUAAGUCUUUUUUUUUUUUUCCCCGUACUGCAGGAUCUUCAUUGGAAUGGAUAACAUCCUAUGAAAGUUGUAUACACAUAUAUAUUAUAAAGGAUGUUUCUCUGGGGUGAUGCACUGUAAAAUGUAAAUAAGAUUCUAAUAAAGUAACUAGAAUAUACCUGUAAAA